AUGGCCGAGGACAAGGGCGAGCGGCUGGGGAUGAGCGUGCAGGGCUGCGCCAACCACGCCUUCGAGGGGGACGAGGAGGCGGCGGGCGCGGGGCAGGGCUCCGGGCAGGGCCCCCUGGCGGUGCCCGCGCGGCCCUACGCAGGGAUGCCCAGGGACGUCCUGCUGCACUUCUCCGGCCGCGCCCGCUACCGCGUGCCGCGCGAGGUGCUCUUCUGGCUGACAGUGCUGGCCGUGCUGGCGCUGACCGCCGCCUCCGCCGCCCUCAUCGCCGUGUCCCCCAAGUGCCUGGACUGGUGGCAGCAGGGGCCCAUGUACCAGAUCUACCCCCGCUCCUUCCGGGACAGCGACCGGGACGGGGACGGAGACCUGCCAGGCGUUCAAGAGAAACUCGAUUACAUCACGUCACUCCAUGUCAAGACCAUCUGGCUCACAUCCUUCUACAAGUCGGCCCUGAAAGACUUCAGGCACGGGGUCGAGGAUUUCCGGGAGGUCGACCCCAUGUUCGGGACCAUGAGAGACUUUGAGGAGCUGGUGGCUGCCAUCCAUGACCGAGGUCUGAAGUUAAUCAUCGACUUCAUCCCCAACCACACCAGCGACAAGCAUGCUUGGUUUCAGCUGAGUCGGAACCGGACGGAGAAAUAUGCGGAUUAUUACAUCUGGCACGACUGUGCCCGGAAUGGGGAUGCAAUCGUGCCCCCGAAUAACUGGUUAAGCGUGUAUGGAAACUCCAGUUGGCACUUCGAUGAGGUUCGAAACCAGUGUUACUUCCAUCAGUUUCUGAAGGAGCAACCAGACUUAAAUUUCCGCAAUCCCGACGUUCAAGAGGAAAUCCGAGAAAUCCUUCAGUUUUGGCUCACGAAGGGGGUGGACGGCUUCAGUUUUGACGCUGUCAAGUUUCUCCUGGAAGCGAAGCACCUGCGAGACGAGGCCCAGGUGGAUAAGACACAGCCCCCGAACACCGUGACGCAGUACUCGCAGCUGUUCCACGACUUCACCACCACGCAGGUGGGCAUGCACGACCUGGUGCGCGGCUUCCGGCAGACCCUGGACCAGUACAGCCGGGAGCCGGGGAGGUACAGGUUCCUGGGGACUGUGGCCUCGGGCGAGGGCAUCGAUGGGACCAUGAUGUACUACGGGCUGCCCUUCAUCCAGGAGGCCGACUUCCCCCUCAACGACGGCCUGGGCCAGCUGGACGCGCCCUCGGCGCGCCGCGUGUAUGAGGCCAUCAAGUCCUGGAUGGAGAACAUGCCGGAAGGAAAGUGGCCCAACUGGAUGCUCGGUGGCCCAGACUACGCCCGGCUGACUUCUCGUUUGGGGAAAGAGUUUGUCAACAUCAUGAACAUGCUUCUGUUCACGCUCCCUGGGACCCCCAUAACCUACUACGGGGAAGAAAUAGGAAUGAGGAACAUUCUAGCCACGAACCUCAGCGAGAACUAUGACGCAAUGGUCCUGCUCUCCAAGGCGCCGAUGCAGUGGGACAACAGCUCCAACGCCGGCUUCUCGGAGGGGAACCACACCUGGCUGCCCACCGGCUCCGACUACCAGACCGUGAACGUGGACGCGCAGAGGAGACAGCCGGACUCGGCGCUGCGGUUCUACCAGGAGCUGGGGCGGCUGCACGCGAGCGAGCUGGCCCUCAGCCGGGGCUGGCUCUGCCUCCCGCACAGCGACACGUCCGUGGUCGUGUACGCGCGCGAGAUGGACGGCCUCGACUCCGUCUUCCUCGUGGUCCUGAACUUCGCGGAGCCCCUGCUGGUCGACCUCACGCGGGUGAUUCCCGACGUGCCCCCGAGAGCGAGCGUGCGGCUGAGCACCAACGCCGACCUCCAGGGCCAGGAGGUGGACACGGCCGCCGUGCGGGUGGGCCGGGCCGAGGGCCUGCUCCUCCAGUACCCCACGCGCAGCCCCCUGCACAGCCAGCCCGCCUUCCAGGGCAGGUGCUUCGUCUCCAACCGGGCGUGCUACUCGCCCGUGCUGGACAUGCUGUACACCUCGUGCUAGGCGCCCGGCCGCCCUGCUCGCGCCA